AUGACAUCAGCCGCCAACGCGAAACCCAUCCACACGGCAGCUUGCCUGAUCAUUGGAGAUGAGACCAUUGAUACCAAUUCACCAUUCCUAGCCAAAUUCUGCUUCUCCCUUGGCAUUCACUUGCAGCGUGUCGAAGUCAUCCCCGAUGAUGAAGAAGACAUCAUGGAGGCUGUACGCCGCAUGAGCGCCCGCUAUGACUUUGUCGUCACCAGUGGAGGAAUUGGUCCAACACACGAUGAUAUUACCUACCAAUCUGUCGCAAAGGCCUUCAACCUCAAGCUCGAACUAUACCAAGAUGCGUUUGAUCGCAUGAAGAAGCUCUCCAGGCCUCACCCCAUGCAACCCAACUUCGAUUGGGAAACUCCAUCUCCUGGCUUGACUGCCAAGCUACGAAUGGUCGAGCUACCGUUCGACCCAAAGUUGACGUGGGAACAGCAGGCCAUCUUUGUUGCUGAUGACCUGUGGGUGCCCAUCGCGGUGGUGAACGGCAACGUACAUAUUCUUCCCGGUGUGCCUCGUUUGUUCGAGCGGCUCUUGCAAAACUUGAAGCCACUUCUCGUACCCCGCCUAUCUGAUCCUGAGGGCAAGGGUACUUUCCGCUACCUCUUCAGCACUCCCUUGCCAGAGAGCGCCGUCGCCCCGUACCUGACAGAGUUGGCUGCUAAGGUCGAACCACGAGGUAUCAAGGUUGGCUCUUACCCCCGUUGGGGUAAGAAGCGUAAUACAGUUACCCUUGUCGGUGCUGACAAGGAUUUGCUGGAAUCUCUUGUCCAGGAGGUCGAGGCGGGUGUUCAAGGACAGCGGGUGACAAGGGAGGAUGAAUUGGACCCUCUUGAAGAAGUUGAACAAGUGUUCAGUCAGUGA